AUACGAUGAGGCCAAUUUUUUGUGGAAACUUCGAGUUUGAUGCCCGCCAAUCUGAACUGGAAAGACUUUUCAGAAAAUAUGGGAAGGUCGAUAGGCUGGACAUGAAGUCUGGAUUACCCUGGCAUAUCCACACAUUUCCUGGUCGAUGGACGGGAUCUUCUGUGCAUUACCUGGCUGUGAUGAACUUCCUUUUCUUCAUCCCUUGAAGAUCCACUAUGAUUCUAAGUGGCAUCACAUUUCCACAUUUUCUUCAGACACUAUUGCACUUCAUUCCCUCAUGUAGUUUGCUCAGCCUUGAUUUCAGACAUAAUACCAAGGGUAUGCUUUUGUGUAUAUGGAAGAUGAGAGGGAUGCAGAGGAUGCCAUUAGGGGUCUGGACCAAAUUGAUUUUGGUAGGCAGGGUCGUCGUCUUCGUGUCGAGUGGACUAAACAAGAACGCUCAAACAGCCAGAGACCUGAGAGUGCCAGGAAACCACUAUCAAACGCAAGACCGUCAAAGACCUUGUUUGUAAUUAAUUUUGAUCCGUAUCAUACUAGAACAAGGGAUUUGGAGAGGCACUUUGACAGGUAUGGCAAGAUACAGAAUGUGAGGAUUAGAAGAAAUUUUGCAUUCAUCCAGUUUGAAGUGCAAGAGGAUGCCACCAAGGCAUUGGAAGCUACCAAUUUGAGCAAGUUGAUGGAUCGAGUUAUAUCGGUGGAGUAUGCAAACAAAGACGAUGAUGAAAGAAGAAAUGGUGGGAGUCCUCAUUCUGAUAGAAGAAGUCGGGACAGGUCACCAGCAAGAAGGAGAGAAUAUGGUGGUGGUGGUGGUGGACGUCGAUCACCAAGUCCUGCAUACAGAAGAAGAGAGGAGAGAGCCAGUCCUGAUUAUGGCCGUGGCCGAAGUCCUAGCCCAUAUAAAGGUCGUGGUGGAAGGAGGGCGAGUCCUGAUUAUGGUCAUGAUCGUCGUCGAAGUAGCCCUGAUCAUGGUCAUGGUUAUAGUAAGGAAAGGAACGACAAUAAUGAUUACCAUAACCGGAGUCCUCCUCCUCCAAGAAGAAGAAGCCCUAGUCCUAAAGAUAUGGAAGAAGAGGAAGGUGCUGUGAUAGCAGGAGAGAUGAGUCGCAGCAUAAGCCCGAAAAGGCAGACCAGCAGCGGUGAUGAAGGUCAUCAUAAUAAUCAUACAAGUCCUAGCCCAGAAGAAGACUCUAGGGUUGAAAUGAAGACAAUCAGCCCUCCCACCAAUUAUGGAGCAGAUAGUCCAGAUGGAGGAGUUGCAUAUAGCAGGAGCCAGUGACCAGUAAAAGGAGUGAGUUUUACUCGGACGAUGAUGAGGUAAACUUAUUAUUGGUAUUGAAUUUUCUCGAGAGACGAACUGUUGUAAGGUUGAAAAUUGCUUAAGAUGAUAGUUUUUUAUUUUUAGGAGGAAUCUUUGCUAGUAUUGAAAGGGGAACACCAAAUAUAUAUAUCAUCCCUUUAUGCAAGGAAGGAGUAUGCUAUUUUAAUCAUGACUAUAUAAUAUGUUGUUAUUUGAUGAAAAGAACUAGAUAUUGGUGGACUUUUCUUUUGUUAACUUCUUGUAUCUUGAGUCUCUUUUAUUA